AUGGUUCUUUUUUCGGUCUUCCUGUCGGUAUUUGCGACGGGCGCCGCUGCAAGCAAAUGUCGUCCCUCGUCUAACCCCCCUGUCUCAAACACCUUGACGUCGUCUUCAGAUGAUACGACCUGGAGUACUCACCUUCUCGAGACAACGACAUCCGAGAUAACGUCGAGCGAGCUCCCAAGUACAACCCAAGGACCGCUUGUCGUAGACAAUCUUAUCGUCAAUGGAAACCUUGGAACUCCGGGCCAGGACUCUAGCGACAUAUACGGCUUCCAACAUGGACUCCGGGCUCGUGCACUCUCCCAAGGUGGCUACACCGGUAGUAAUACAGGGGAAACACAAUGUGUGGAACUGAGUAUUCUCCCUGAGGGUCGUAACCCAAAGAGAAAGCGACAAGCCGAUACGGAUCGUUCGACUAGCAUCUGGCAACACAUCGUUAUUCCUCAUGCCCGGCCUGUCUUUCGACUCUUCUAUAAGGUCUUGCAGGUGGACGAUGGAAAUGACUGCAAAGUCAAUGUGUACUAUGGUGAUCAGUUGUUUCUCAGAUCUGAUUCCUUCCAAGGACUGGCUGAUUGGCGCGCUAUUUCUGGUAUGCCUACAUUGACGACACUCAGUUCCGACCUCAGGGUUGAGUUGAGAUGUGUCAACGCUGCAAACAGCCCGGCCCAGAUUCUUGUCGAUCAGAUGUUCAUGUCGGGUGCCAUUGGCCUUGGUGAUCUUGAUAGAGUCAAGAUAGACUGGAAGGCUGCGACUCUGGUGCAGCCGACGAUGAGCAGCACUAUUUCUGACGGAUCAACCCAAGCGGAGCCUAGUACAACCGAGACGCAAUCGGCUUCCGAGACUGCAUUCUCCAGCCAGGCCGCUACCUCGGAUCCAGCUACCUCUACCGAGACGAAGACAAGCACCGACGCUUCCGAGUCCAGCGCCUCUAAGGCAUCAUCGAUGGUAGACUCCGAAUUGGCCACAUCGAUACCUACUUCUGCAUCUGAAGCUUCUACCUCCAAAGUGUCCGAGUCAACCAGCUCGGAGACUACAACUCCAACCUCUCUGCUGAUGUCUGGAUCAUCUACCGUUUCAGAAUCGUCUUUGUCAUCCGACUCAAACACGUCUACGUCUCCGGAGGCGACUACAUCUGCAGCACCAGAGUUGACUUCGACUUCUUUGACACGAUCAGAGUCAACUACAUCUAUCUCCAUGUCUACAGCGCUCGAGUCCACAUCUUCAGCAUACGAGUCAACUACUGCCAAUCCCUACUCGUCAACAGAAUCUUCAUCUAUUACGAGCUGGACUCUUACUGUAUCCGCCACUGUCUCGCCUACAUCGACCACGUCAUCCACCACAAAGGGCCCAGGUCCUCUUCCAACCUCGAUCAAUGAUCUGUCCCCCGCAGCCAAGGAAAUCUUCGACUUCCUCAUGGAUAAAAUCACACCCGAAGAUAGAAACCUUCAUCUUCCGGCACCAGCUCAAUCCGACGCUGACAAGGUGCUGCACCCCAGUAAAUUCGACCCCAGUGAUACCGCAGGUCAAAAAGCUCUCGCUGGCCAACUAUUGGACAUGGGUCUCGAUCCCGUCGACGAUUUUGUUAAAUCAGCUGAAGGCAAAAUUCCCAGCAACGAUCCAGAAGAAGACGGCGGUGUGUGCCCCAAUCCGAACACCAGCCAGAAACGAAGUCUCCCGCCUGUUCUUCGUCGUCGCGAGACACUCAGUAGCCGAAGACUCAACACCCGCUUUGCGCAAGCUGCUCGUAGGCUAGACAACUAUCUUGCUAAGCGUGAUGGCUGGGACUACGCUUGCAACGAGAUGCUUGGGGAAUUCAUGGGCGUGCUUGGUGACGUCGGAACUGCCCAUGAACUGGUCUGCUCUGGCAAGGAUAUGUGGGACACCAGAGAUGCUUUUGUAUGCAUGUUUGGUGGCUGCGGCCCAACUGUCAAGUAUGAGGAGUGGACUUAUACCUGGAACUACGAGUGGGUUGUGGACUUCCCGACUAUCUCGGAAUGGUUUGUCCAGCCUGGUGAUGGCAGCUCUCUGAGGUGUCUUGACUGCAGUAUGAAACUGACCAGUCUUAAAUUCACUGGUACUAUUGUUGUCUGGCUGAUUGAUGGCAAGGUCGAAAUCAAGUCGGCAGAUCUUAGUCCCGAGGUCGUUGGCAAGGCGAGUAUGGUUGUGGCCCUCGAGGCAGUACAGGCUUGGGAGUCUCAGUGGAACUGGGUGUUCGAAGCCGCGCCGCUUGAGACAAUCGAAGAAAAGGGGGCAUAUUCAAUCAGAUCUAAAGUACUCUACGAGUUUGGCAUCAAAUGGAAGACAGCUUCUGCUGUCUCCGUUGCCAAGGCCGGUGCUUCCUUUUCACUCAACGCUCAAGCCAAUAUGGACAUCUCCAACGGGGGUGCACCAACCCUUCAGUCUAAGAAAGGUUGGGAGCCUCAAGUCACCUACACAUACCCUGUGUUCACUACCUCUGGUGGAAUUUCGCUUAUCCCCUAUAUCCGCUGGGGCGUUGAGUUCGAUAUCGAUAUCUAUAACCAAGUCAGGCUUAAGCCAGCUCUAUCAUCGCAGACACUUGUUACCAUCCAGUCGAGCUACUCAGACGAGCCCCAGGGCCAGUGUGCGGCUAACAAGCUGGCCGUGAGCACCUACAUGUCUACCAAGAGUGUGAUGAGACUCCGCAAUGGUGUCUAUGACACAUUAUACAGUGGCUCCAGUCGCGCUUUCAAUCAAUGUUUCGAGGCACCUGAUAUGAUACCCACGGCUGAGGAUAUCAACGAGCUGUCUGAAUUUGCCGGCGAGUUCUGUACAUCUUAUUUAGAUUACAGACCGCCUCGCACCACUUCGAUUUCGACCGCUACAUCAACGAGCGGUUUAACCACGACAACUGAAUAUGUGACCAGCUGGGUUCCACCUACAGUACAAUAUGUUUUCCUCACCACAACUGAGUAUAAAGACCAGACUGGUUGGAUUCGGUCAACUGCUAUAACACAUACCCUCCCUCAACAAACCGCAACUUUCCCUAACAUGGGACUGAAGAAGCGCGAAGCCACAGCCACGCAACAGCUUGCUGCUCGUGCAAUCUAUACACCAGGGCUGGUCGCGAACUGGGACAGCAAGAAGAUUUCAUUCGCGUGUAAGCAGAUUGCCACAGGGACCGAGACAGUAACGCAGCCUGUGACUACGACGAUUGGUGUUGGAGUAGCCACCGUCACAGCCACGACAACUGUUGCUAGACCCGGAGGAGACGUCAAGUUCUACACCAAUGGCCUGUAUAAGUGGAGAAAUAUUGGCAGUACGGAGUAUAGCCAAUCGUGGAAAUGGGAAACCGGAGCAUGCAGCUCGCCAUCUGCAAGGUCGGGCAAGUGCUUCAAAAUCAGAAUCAACGGCCCUAAGUGGACUGAUGGCGAGUAUCUGCGUUACAGCCAUACCGCUGUUGACUCGAUCAUGGCAAGCAACGGAGGAUUUCCCUAUCUUAACCUAGACACAUGGUACCUGACAGAAACAGGUCGUCUAGUCACCCAACACCCUUACAUCAAAGCUGGCUAUGUUGCAGCAGUCCAGAAGUCGACCAAUAUCAUCUUUGGUACUCCUGCUGGCGACCCCAUCCCAGAUGACGCUGAGGCCCUAUACUGUCAAAAGGACCCCAAUGAUGUCUGCUCCGGUGUGCUUUCGUGCAGCACAGAUACCAGAAACGGCCUUUCAUUCAGUCCAAGAAUCUGGGAGAGCUAUCGUAACUACCUCGACUCUAAAUUAUACAAUGCUUUUAGACCCCGACUUGGCGAUAGUACCCCAGGCAGUGAGAUGGCGACAUUUACUUGGGAGGGAGCUUUGUGUGCCUGUGACUAA